AUGAAUGAUCAAGAAGAACGUCUUCGUAUACCAUGCUUCUCCCAUACUCUACAACUUACGGUUGGUGAUGGUUUGAAAGAGUGUGAAAAUGCAAAACCAGCUCUUGCUAAAGUUGCAGCAAUUGCGAAACUUAGAUCAAAACAUGUGCAUUUAAGUUUAAGUAUAUUAGCAAAUCAUUUUGAUUUGGACCAUGAAAGUCAACAUGAUCAAUAA